AUGACAAAUAUACCCGAUAUCGACUUUCUCAAUGCGGCAUUCUCGGCUAUAAUGAAUGGCCAAAUUUUUAUAUCAGAAAAGGAAUUUCAAGAAAGACAAGCUCGUAAUGAAAAUGAUGGUUUCACUUAUAAACGAGUUGAUGUGCAUUCAUUUCAUCAGUCUAAUCUUGUUGGUAGUAAUGCGAAUGCCUUUCCGGAGGAAAAUCAUCAAUCUCCUUCGUUUUUGAGAUCUUUUGAUCCCGGACAAAUGUUUAUACAAACUAUAGAUGGUAAAACUGUCACAAUUGAUUGUAUAUUAAAUGAUACCAUCAGAGAAAUGAAAAAGAAAAUUCAAGAAGCAGAAGGCAUUCGGCCAGAACACCAAAAUCUUAUCUUUAAUGGCAUUCAAUUAGAAGAUGGAAAUAGGCUCUGUGACUAUUAUGGUAUGAGAUAUGAGUCGGUGUUACACUUAGUUCUUCAUGAUCGUGAUAUAAUUAGUUACUUUAGCUCGGAUUCUUUGGACCCACAAUACAAUUAUGAUUUUACGAAUGUUUGUGAUAAUGGAGCGACACACUUACGUGGAGGUAUUCUAUAUAAAAGACCUUGUGGAUGGAGACGUUUUGCUUUAAAAGUUCUUAAUAGAUAUGAUAAUGGUGACAAUAGAUGGCUUGGUACCGAUAAUGCGGCCUGGCCAGUGUCUUAUCAUGGAGCUAGUAAGUAUAACGAAAAGUCAAUUGCUGAUGAUGGAUUUUUAUCGAGCAAGGGAAAACAAUUUGAUUUUCGACAUGGUAUUUAUUCAACUCCUGAUGUGGAUUUGGCUGAAAAGUAUGCUCAAGAAUUUGAUUAUGAGGGUGUGAAAUAUGUGACGAUAAUUCAGAAUCGUGUGAAUCCUGCGAAUUUGCAAAAAAUUCAGAAUCAAACGGGGGCUGGUGAAUAUUGGGUUUCUAUGGAGGGUGAUGAUGUUAGACCAUAUGGUAUUUGUAUUAAAAAAAAGUUAAC